AAUUGGGACAUCUUCAUCAUCAGCAUAAUCAUCUUCAUUCUUUUCAGUUGUUGGAGUUUCGUUUUUGAUACCUUUACGAAAUGGACAAAAUGAAAAAUCUGCUGAAACCCAAACCAAAUCCACAACAGCAAUUAAGAGAUUGGCAGAGACGUCUCAGGCAAGAGUGCCGCAACAUCGAACGCCAAAUCCGAGAUGUGCAGAAAGAACAGAAAAAUGUAGAGAAAUCGAUUAGAGAAGCUGCCAAGAGAAACGACAUGGUCUCUGCAAAGGCACUCGCUAAGGAGAUUGUGAGAUCAAAAAGAGCUGUAAACCGACUUCAUGAGAACAAGGCACAACUUAAUUCAAUCUCAAUGCAUCUCGGAGAAAGUGUUGCAAUUGCUCGAACAGUUGGUCAUUUAUCAAAGAGUGCUGAGGUUAUGAAGCUUGUCAAUAACCUCAUGAAGGCUCCUGAGGUGGCUGCUACAAUGCAAGAAUUCAGCAAAGAAAUGACCAAGGCUGGUGUAAUUGAAGAGAUGGUGAAUGAUGCUGUUGACACAGCUUUAGAUUCAGAAGACAUAGAAGAAGAGACAGAAGAAGAAGUUGACAAGGUUUUGACUGAGAUCGCUGGUGAAACUGCUGCACAACUCCCUGAAGCUGUCAGGAGGGAGAGAAUAAGGCAACCUGCACAGACGGUGAAAGCGGCACAGGAGGAAGAAGCAAUAGUUGAGGGUGUUGAUGACGAGGAAGAACUAGAAGAGAUAAGGGAAAGGCUUGCCAAAGUUAGAUCAUAAUAUGUUUGACUUUCACUUUUUUCCUCUACCUCGAGGUUGGAAAAUGUGCCUGUAUUAUAUGAACUUCGUUUCAGCACUUCAGCAUGUUCUUGCUGGAAGAUGAUGCCAUCUCAACCCUUAAUAUGUCAGGGUUCUAUUCCAGCUUACAUAUGAAGAACAAGAAGAAUUAAAUGUGAUGA